CAGCUCGCUAUGAAGCAAAUAAUUUGAAUGGUGUUCGUUCUUCAGGAUGACGCACCGGGAAGCACCAUUUAUUAAUGUCACACUCGUUCCGAAAGAGAAGGCCGCAUUGACAGAGUCACAACAGCGAAUUACUCGCUCACAUGCCGCUCGCUCGGCGCAUGCCCGUGUCCGACAUCGGCGGAUGAUAGAGUAUCAGGCACAGAAGCGGGGGAGAAGAGACAUACGAGACACUGUUAUGGGUAGUUAUCCGGGCCUCCCAGGAAGAGCACCGUCUGGGAUUUCCACGUUACUUUCGGCGGACAGGCGGGACCCUUUUCUUAGCUUUGCCAGGGGUUUAAACCCAAUAGAACAAUUCUUGUUUGAUCAUUAUGUCAACGUCGUCAUCCCUCUCAUGCGCUGCAAUGAGAGCGCAAUAUUCUUCGCGCAGCGCAUGAUCAGACUUUGGGUUCCCACUGCGAUCACAGAAUCAAGCCUUCUUGAUAUCAUCCUGCUUGCCGCAUGUCGUCACUUAUCUAUUGCAUAUAGACAGGGGUCGCAGGAACAGCAGCGUAUCUUCCAACAAUUGACCUUUCAGUACAAGUCCCAGAGUCUGCAUGCACUAAGGCAUGCCAUCUCGGCUGAGAUGCCGAUGCUGACUGAUUCAACGGUCGCUAAAGCUAUAAUGCUUGCCUAUGAUGAAUUAUAUGUUCGAGAUGCAAAAAUGCUCAAGCAUCAUGUAGACGCAGCCGUGGAAAUGGUCACGCUGAAAGGUGGGCCCCAGACACUAGGUCUUGAUGGACUCAUGGAGCAUUUCCUUCUAAAUUUGAUUACCAAGACGAGAGGCGACCUGGAACUUUCGUCGAGAGCGGACGUAACCAUGUCGCUCCGCAAAAGUUCUUGCUUAUCAUGUGUUGCAGCCAAACGUCGGUGUGACCUGGAAAGACCCAGUUGCGCCCGCUGUCGGAAGAAGAACGCUGCGUGUCAGUACCCAUACCCACCUCCACAGAAUGCGGAGGAUCAGAUCACAGUACCCGAGGACCGCCAACAUACCCGUAAUGCCAUCAACUCUGGUAUCUUGGAAGCAAGCGAUAUCAUGCUUGUAGAUAGCCGCAUAGACCGAUCUACGGAUCUCUAUCCUAGAGAGGAAUAUUUCGACCCACUCCUAUGGUUGCCGGACGGUCCGACGAGCCCGGCUCAGGCCUGGGCCAUACAACCGGACGAGUGGUUGUCUCUCGCAAGGGCAUUAGAUGGAUCAUCAUCCGCAUUACUGCCCCGACUGGAACGCAGAGUCUUGGAGUUUUGGCCUCGGGUCAACGAUACGCAAACCUGGCGAUUUUGCAUCCGAACGUUUCUAGGCUAUGUCGAUCAUUUCUUGAACACCGGCACACUGCCUCUCGUUGAGUCACUGUCAACCCGUCAAGGGGAUCUUUCGCCUGUUCUGCUGGAAGCCUAUGGAGUUUGUGCCGCAUAUCGCACCUGUCAUCGUGCAACCCAACCUUUCUACCUCCAGUUGUUAAAGACAGGAAUCAAUAAUGCGGGCACGAGAGACUUGUCGCAAGCGGAACUACAGCAUCAACUGGAUCACCUGCAAGCUUUGAUUCUUUAUUAUGUUCUUUUCCUUGCGGGUGGUGUCAGUGAUCAGUCCAUGUUUAUCCAGCUGGACUACACGUUAGCGCAGACAACAGCCAAUCUAGAACGAAGAGAAUUGGAACUUCGGCAGACAUCUUUCGCGAACUACGUGGAGAAUCGAGUGCUUUGUGAAAAUACUCGGCGACUCAUCUUGGUGUCUUACCUGGUGCGUGCUGUCCAUGCCGUGGUUCAUUUUCAUAGAUGCGACUUCAUCAAAUAUCUGGCGGGUCUACCGGUUUCCACUCAGUCAAACGCGCAUCUGUACAUAGAGAGGGAUUUUAUUGAAGGACGAACCCCUGCACAACUGACAUCCGGGGUUGUGUCUUAUGAUGAAUUUGUGAGUGUCUGGGAGCAAGGGGGACUGCUUCAUGUGGAUGAUUUCAGAUUCCUUUUGCUGGUGGCGUGCAAAGGGUUGGACAUGGUGCAAGGGAAAUUACUUGGUAGCUGA